AUGUUGGUUGAAAAACGUUUUGAAAGUGUUCAUAAAAAGAAGUCAGGUUCAAUUGAAUUAUUUCAAUUGAAUACCACUUUGCUGUUCUGGGUUGGAUUCGUUCCUCCGUUGUUCGCCGCCGUUUUCGCUAUUCUCACUGCGAUUACACUUCAUCAAGAUAAAAUUACAAAUUAUGCGUGGAUUUGUGGACGAGCCUUCCUACCAUCUCUAUCAAGAAUCAUCAAUUUGACACUAGAAGGUCUCGUCUGGCAACUUUGCAUAUUUUUCCAUAUUCCAUUUCGACUUCUUGAAUUGUCCGUUGGCUGGGUCCGUUAUGGUCGUCUGGAAAGUAAAAAUAACAAGCGACGUUUCUGGUAUAAAAUGCAUAGACAUCUCUAUUUGAUCUUCGGUGUCACUGAACUCAUUCUUCUCAGUGGAUUGUCUGCAAUCGGAGAAAAAGAACAUGGAACCUAUGAACUAUUUGCACUCGUUGAAUAUCUCGACGUCUUCAUGGUUAUAUUUUAUCACGGAUGCUGCGUUUAUUGGGAUAUUCAGCAUAAGGUUGUGUUUACUGUCCGAUUGAACAAGCCAGCAGAGAAGAAUAUUGAUGAAGAUGUGACUGGGAAAGAGCUGACUACUGAACUGUGA